UGCCGCACACUCUGCAGUUGCAGGCCGCAGCAGAACAACAUCGUCAGCGUUCGGCCAUUAUUGCUGUUCCCGUUUGUGAAUGCGCAACGUUCCCUGCGAUCGACGCAGAAGCACACGAGAUCUCGCUCACGGACCGAACUCAACGCAACACGCCGAGAUGCGUCCAGCAGCGGAACUUGGUCCGGACGCAGCGCCGUUCGUUGCCAAGCUUUGGAUAAUGCUCCAGAAACCGGAAUACAACGAUUGGAUUUCCUGGUCACCCAAUGGAGAUAGUCUUAUUGUUAAAAAUCAAGAAGUGUUUACAAAAAAAUUAUCAAAUUAUUUCAAACAUAGGAAAAUGCCCAGUUUUGUACGACAGCUGAAUAUGUAUGGAUUCCACAAGAAGGUAUCUCCAGAAAUGGGUGGCCUAAAAUGUGAUAAAGAUGAAAUGGAAUUUGCAAAUCCGUACUUUCGUAGAGAUCAACCUCAUUUAGCACAGAAUAUUAAAAGAAAAGUCCCAGCUAAGAAAAAUCAAGUAACAAAUUCAGUUACUUAUCCUAUAAGAACAGAAAUGGAUCAGAUAUUAGAUGAAGUAAGAACCUUGAAAGGUCGUCAAGACACUCUAGAUAAUGCUUUAAAAGAAAUGAAAAUUGAAAAUGUAACAUUGUGGAAAGAAUUAGUGGACAUGAGACAGAAACAUUUAAAACAGCAAAAUAUUAUUAAUAAACUAAUUCAAUUUCUUGCUGAUGUUGUGCAACCAUCAAGAAGUGUUAAGAGGCCAUAUCCAUUAAUGAUAAAUGAUUCAAGCCAUUCACAAAAACGAUGCAAAUUGUUGAAGCAGCAAGAGAAUCCUGGACCAGUAAUUCAUGAGCUUGAUGCAUCGGAAGCUGUAGACUCAGAUGUAGACUGUUAUGACCUAUUAGAAACUGAAUCUCCAACUGUUCAAAGUCCAGCAGAGCAUAUUGGAAUACUGACAGAUAAUGCAACCACGGAAAAUACUAUUUGUGUAUUUAAAGAUGAACCGCCUAAGAUGAACAUAAGCACAGCUGGAAUGAGACGUUUUUGCAAGGGCAAAAAGAAGAGGAAAAACAACAUGCCUGUCAAAAUUUUGAUUCCGUCAUUGGAGAAUGGAAAAAAAACCAGAGAACAACUGGAUACGCUUAUAUCUGCCAACAAAGACGAGCCUAUGACAUUAUUGAAAAAUGAGUUCAUUGAUUCUAAACCAGUACCUUCAGCAACUGUGCGUAGUUCUAAACUCGCGGCAAUGGCUGCAAACAUUAAAUCUCAAGAUAUCAAUACUGAUAUGGAUUCAGUUGAUACAGAGAUAGAAAAUAUGAAAGUUGUUCAUGAUGAUGGGUCUAUAAUGAAUUUACAAGAGUUAAUUGGUGGCUCAAAAACGACCGAUGAUAGUAAUAGUCAAAAUAAUGUUGAGAAUAUAGAAGACGAUAGCAGUCUUAAAACGAAUAAAAUGCUUAAUCAAAUGGAUAAUGGAAGAAGUGUUUUAAUGAGAAGUUACAAUGAGCCAUACAAAAAUGGAACGAUAAAAUCACAGAAAGAAAAUAACAACUAUGAUGUGGCCAGCACGAGUUCAUCACAAGAUUUAUCGGUGAGCCGUAUCAGUCCCUCUGAUGCUAAAUACAGGUUAGGCUCAACGGAACAGAUAAAGAAACAGGUGGAAUCAACGCAACAUAGCUUAACCAGUUAUCUGCGUGACACUUUGUCGAAUCUGAAUAAUAGUGACUCGAAUUAUGACCCUAAUUCAAUUGGUUUUUUACUUGAGUAUCUUGGUGCAGAUAAUAAUAUCUUGGGGGAUGAUUUAUUGAAUUUGCCAUUACCAAUUACUCCAGAAUUGGAUCCAAAUUUUGAUUCCAUAAAGGCUGAUGAUACAAAUUCUGCCAAUGAAUCUGCUCGUGGUCAACAACUUAUGACAUUUAAUCCCAAUAAUCUCUACUACAACCAAUCCAUUCCAGAUUUGAUUUUCGAAAAUCCAUCAGAAACAUCAGAUAUAGAGACAAACAAUGUUGGCAUGAAUUAUAUGGAUAUAGAGGACGAUACGAUUCCAACUAAUGCUAUAUUACCAAAUAAUAUGAAUUCGAAAUCGUAAACACCGUUGAUUACAAUUAAUCACUGUCGUAUCUAAUUCUUUGAUUAAAUUUUAUUUAGACUGGAUAAACACAAACGAUAUCUUUAAUCAGCAGAACAAAAAGGAAUAAAAAUCUCAAUAUAUGUUUCGUAAUCACUAUGAUUCUGUCGCUUCAACAUGUAAUAAUCAAUGUCAUGUAUUUUUAUAUGCGCUUGACACAUCAAAUCCAUUGGAUUUACAUUAGAAAAUCUAAUCUGAUUGAAAAUAAAUUUUGAUUUGAACAUUUAA